UGACGCGCGCGUUACUGCACAACGAAAUCGAAACAUCGGGGAGGAAGUGAGACUUGAAAAAACAUCCAUUCUCGCGGAAACUUUCGCUUCCCACGCCGAUAAGGCUAGCUGCCACCGAGCUGAGCUAAUUAACAGACUCGAACGUGCGACUAAAAUCGCUGUGUGCUGAAUUGGCCGAGAAGAGAAUUCCGAGUUAAUAACUGAGAAAAGAAAAAACGGACAUCGGUUUCGAAAAUGUUUCGAUUUCAUUGAACGGUGGUGCACGUUACUUCUCUCUUACCGAAGUGUUGCGGAUAGUCGCAAAAUAUUCGAACUUCGAAGUCAAGUUGCUAAGUCUUUUCGAACAAGACGGCGUAUAUCCCACCCGUUUCUAAUUUCAUACGUUCCUCCUAAGAAAAGAGACGCCGAGAUAUUAGCUGCCACAUCACCAAUCGUAUCAUAGAUCAUUCACGCGAGCCAAGGAUAUUAGAUCAAGUCGUAAAUCCGGAUUGGGACGACACGAGCUGAAGAAGUGCUGACUCGGCCGAGCGCUUUUUCGAGGGUGAUCUUUGAUCGCGGCUCCCGGCUCGUUCGCGGCGUGAUCGCGCGCGCGAAAUUGAAGAUCAUCACCGCCGGACACAAUUAAUCGCGAUAUGUGCGAUCGUCGAUCGGCCCACGUGUGUCGCAGAUCUGUUAGCGCGAAUAUUUACAAGCGGCUCGUGUUAGUUAUGGAAUAAUGCCAGACUGCUGACGGUAUAAACAGACGGUGGAAUGAUCGCGACGACUUGGAGAAAUCCCUCGAGAUCGGUCAAGGAUCAUGCGUGUUAGAUGCGCGAAUAUCGGCGGACCUGCGAGCUAAAGGGAUAAUCCAGGAGAAUCGAAAGAGAGAUCGGAUCGGGAACAGGAAGCUGCGAGAGUUCUUUACGCAGGAUGUCUGCAUUGUUAUUAGCAGCCUGGAUCGUCCUGGCAUGUCGCUUUGUUCAGGACGGUGCGGCAACGGGACAACGUUACACCCCGGGUCCCACCCAAGACUUGGACAACACCCUACAAUCAGUGGCACCCCUCGGGCCAAACGUGUGCAGAUCGAGGUAUAAAAACUACUGCUGUCCGGGAUGGACGAAAAAGCCGGAAACGGGACUAUGCGUUAUUCCGAUUUGUACGAGACGCUGCGGUCCUCUAGGGAGAUGCAUAAAGCCGAAUAUCUGUUUAUGCGAAGGUGACAUCGUCGCUUCUACCUGUACCGGCGGACAAAGCAAAGUUAUCACCCACGAGGCCGGGCAUGGCGGUGAGCGCGGUGAGAACGGCGGGUGCAGAGUUCACUGCAUAAACGGGAACUGCGUCGACGGCCGGUGCCAAUGCCGUAGCGGAUACCAAGGGGAGUUUUGCAACGAACCUAUUUGUCGGGAACCCUGUCUGAACCAAGGAAGAUGCAUCGGCCCGGAUCGCUGCGCCUGCAUCUACGGCUACACCGGAAGACGCUGUGAGACCGAUUACAGGACCGGGCCCUGCUUCACCAAAGUGAAAAACGGCCAGUGCUUAGCGAGUCUCCAAGGGGUGGUUUGCACGCGGCAGCUGUGCUGUGCCACCGUCGGCAAGGGCUGGGGCCACCCUUGCGAGAAAUGCCCGGUCAGGAUGGACUGCGAGUUGGGUCAUUUAAAGACCAAUCAGGGUCAAUGCGUCGAUAUCAACGAGUGCGAAGCGAUUCCCGGACUGUGCGAAGGUGGGAAGUGUCUGAACACUCCCGGCUCGUUCACAUGCGAAUGCCCGCCGGGACAAGCGAGGGAUCCCGAGACGAACGAAUGCAAGGAUAAGGACGAGUGCCAGGAGGAAGGCAUCUGCGCCGAUGGCCGAUGCAUAAACACGAACGGCGGCUAUUACUGCCACUGCAAUCCAGGAUUUAUACAAAGCCAAGACCGCAAAUAUUGCAUCGACGGCAGGCAGGGAUUGUGUUACUUAGCGGUGAAUCGUAACGGACAGUGUAAGAAUCGACUGGCGAUGAGGUUGAGCAAGAAAGACUGCUGUUGCGGCAAGAACAUGGGUCGAGGAUGGGGUGACGAAUGCUUCAUUUGCCCUAAUCCUGGCAGCGAUGAUUACAGCAGGCUUUGCAACUACAGUUCUUCGCAAAUACAGUUUUUCACCGAGGUGAACGAGUGCGCGCUGCGGCCGGACAUCUGCGGCGACGGUCACUGCAUCGACACCAAGGAGGGUUACGAAUGCGAGUGCUACCCGGGGUUCACGAGGAAGCCCGGUGGUAGGUGCGAAGACGUGGACGAGUGCCAAUUAGGCUACUGCCAAGGUGGAACUUGUCGCAAUUAUCCCGGUAGCUUCGCCUGCGACUGUCCACCCGGCUUCGUUGUAUCCGGCGAAGGCAGAUACUGCACCGAUCACGAUGAAUGUCAAGACACUGGGAUGUGUACGAAUGGACAUUGCAUCAACAUGAACGGAUCUUUUAAAUGCAAGUGUAACGACGGCUACAGCCUGUCACCGUCGAAGAAUACCUGCGUAGAUAUCAACGAGUGCAUAGAAAAUCCGAGAAUUUGCCUAAACGGCCGUUGCGAGAACACACCAGGAUCCUAUCACUGUAUCUGUCAGUCGGGCUUCACUCCUUCGAGAGACAACACUUUCUGCGUGGAUAUGGAUGAAUGUUCCACCAGCGGCAUGUGCGAAAACGGCAAGUGUGUUAACAUGGAGGGUUCGUUCAAAUGCGUCUGCGACUCUGGUUUCAGGAUUGGUCCCGACCUGACUCACUGCAUCGAUAUUGAUGAGUGCCUAAGUGCACCCUGUCAGAACGGACGUUGCAUCAACACACCUGGCAGUUUCCGAUGUGAGUGUCACCCGGGAUUCAAUCUAGGUCCUGACGGAAGAUCCUGCCUAGAUACGAGAAGAGAUCUGUGCUAUUCGCAGUACAGAGACGGCCAAUGUUCCAAUCCGACAUCCACCGCCGUGACAAAGUCCAGUUGUUGCUGCUGCACGAUAAUCCUAGGCCAGCCAAUGGGCUGGGGCAGCACAUGUCAACCCUGUCCGCUUCCGGGCACUUCGGAGUUCGAAGCCUUGUGUCCGCAUGGCGCCGGAAUGACUUACAAUGGCGAUGACAUCAACGAGUGCGCCCAGAACCCGAAUAUCUGCAUCAAUGGCGGAUGCGAGAAUCUUAUGGGGACGUAUCGGUGCAUCUGCGACAAUGGAUACGAAGUAGACGCAACGGGGAAGAUUUGCAGCGACAUCAAUGAAUGCGAGUUAGAGGAUUCCUUGUGUAGCGGUGGCCAAUGUCGAAACACACCUGGUAGUUUCCAGUGCACUUGCCCGACGGGCAUGAGAUUCAACACGCAAAAUCAAAUGUGCGAGGACGUGGACGAGUGCGAGGAGUUGGGACCGGAGGUGUGCUUCAAUGGCAUAUGCAUCAACACCCUGGGAGCUUACGAGUGCGAGUGUUCACCGGGGUACAUUCUCGACAACACCGGCCACAUCUGCAUGGACAAUCGGAGAGGUUCCUGCUGGACCAAGAUGGUAGAUGGCCGUUGCGAGAACAAUCUGCCGAGAGUAGCUUUGCGUUCGGAGUGUUGCUGUUCGGUCGGCGUAGCCUGGGGCAGCCCCUGCGAGAUCUGCGACCACUCUCUCUGCGAGUGCUCCAAGGGCUACGCGAAGGUGGAUGGCAAGGGGUGCACAGACAUCAACGAGUGCGAGCUCAACAGUGGGAUCUGUAAGGGUGGAGGCACUUGCGUUAACACUGACGGCUCGUAUCGCUGCGAGUGCCCGCCUGGUCUCACUUUGGAUGCAGCACAUACUACUUGCAUCGACACUAGGCAGGAAACUUGCUUCUUGGACUAUCGUCACGGUCAGUGCACCAAUCCCAUAGAAGGUCAUUUCCCAAAGAGUCUCUGCUGUUGUUCCGUCGGCCGUGCCUGGGGUAGCGAUCGGUGCGAGUUGUGUCCGAAAAUGGGCACGCAGGCCCAUGCGGAACUGUGUCCUCGGGGAGAAGGCUUCACCGAGCGUCAGGAUAUCAAUGAAUGCGUGGAGUUCCCGGGGAUGUGUCUGAACGGUAGAUGCAAGAACACGAUCGGCAGUUACAGUUGCAGGUGCAAUCAGGGCUAUGCGCUCGACGAGCACGGCAUCAAGUGCAACGAUAUCGACGAGUGCGAGAUAAUGCGCGGAGUCUGCGGGAACGGCACCUGCAGGAACAUGCCCGGCCAUUUCCAGUGCGACUGCAGCCCCGGUUAUCGCAGCAACGACAUCAUGAAGAUUUGCAUGGACAUAAAUGAGUGCGAAGAGACCCCGGGAUUAUGUCGCGGCGGUACUUGCAUCAACACCGAGGGGAGCUUCAACUGUCAGUGCCCGCCGGGGCACGAACUGGGACCCGACAAGCAGUCCUGCAAAGACAUAGACGAGUGCUCGAGGACCAGCGGUAUAUGCUCGAACGGCGUCUGCGAGAAUAUGAUGGGCACCUAUCAAUGUAUAUGCGACGACGGUUAUCAGCAGACCGGUCUCAGAUCUCACUGCGAAGAUAUCAACGAGUGCGCACUUGGCAACGGUGGCUGCGAGGACGUUUGUCUCAACACUCCGGGCAGCUUCUCCUGCUCUUGCCGCACCGGCUACGCUUUAAAUCUAGACGGUCGAUCUUGCAUGGACGUAGACGAGUGCAAGGAGAACCCACGAAUCUGCAACGGGGGUAAAUGCAGAAAUAUACCGGGCGGUUAUAGAUGCAACUGCACGAACGGUUUGCUGCCCGGGAGAGACGGCACGUCUUGUAUAGAUAUCGACGAGUGCGUGACGCAGCCGCGAAUAUGCGGAUUCGGCGAGUGCUACAACACGAUCGGCUCCUUCAACUGUCGCUGCGAGGAAGGAUACUCGGUGAAGCCAGCGGAAGGACCCGCCUGCACCGAUGACGACGAAUGCCGGUUAAAUGCUUAUUCUUGCAGCGAGUUCGCCGAAUGUCAGAACACCCAGGGCUCGUACGUGUGCACUUGUCACGAGGGCUUCACCGGGAAUGGGAUUGAGUGCUGGGAUAUUAACGAAUGUUCCACGAACAACGGUGGCUGCGAUUCCAACGCUCACUGUAUCAACACCGAGGGUUCCUUCAAGUGCGUAUGCGACGCUGGCUUUCGAGGCGACGGCUACAGCUGCAAGGACAUCGACGAGUGCGCGGAAGACAGCGCACUUUGCGAGAACGGGCACUGCCUGAAUUAUCCGGGCGCUUACCGCUGCGAGUGCGAGAUGGGUUUCAUGCACCCGGAUGAGCACAACGAACAGGCGUGUGUAGACAUUAACGAGUGCGAGAUGUUCAGCAAUCUGUGCGUUUUCGGCCACUGCGAAAACAUCUUCGGCAUGUUCCGCUGCGAGUGUAACGAGGGUUACAAAUUGGACGGCUCCGGCGGCAAUUGCACCGACGUGGACGAGUGCGAGAGUCCGCAAUCCUGCCAAUACGGCACCUGCAUCAACACGCAGGGCAAAUACAUCUGUCGCUGCCCGCCGCACUAUGAGCUUGUGGAGGCCGGAAAUGCUUGCGUGGAUAGACGCGAGUCGUUUUGCUUCACGGGUUUCGAGCAUGGUACCGGAAGGCCUCAGUGCGUUUUCGAAGUGGCGUCAUCGGUGACGAAGGCCACAUGUUGCUGCAGCAUCGGCAAUGCCUGGGGCAAUCGUUGCGAGGAAUGCCCGCAGCACGGCACGAAGGAAUACGAGCAAUUGUGUCCUAGCGGGCCGGGAUACAGGCCGAAUCGCGUCACCGUUAUUCUGGAGGAUAUCAACGAGUGUGAGGAACACGAGAACAUUUGCCAGAACGGGCACUGUACCAACACGUUCGGUAGCUUUAUGUGUUCCUGCAACGAGGGUUUCAUCCUGGACGAUACCAAGACUAAUUGCAUCGACAUAAACGAAUGCGCACUGCACCCACAAAUAUGCGGCGUGGGAUACUGCAUCAAUGAUCAAGGGAAAUAUCACUGCGAGUGCCCGGAAGGAUACAUGGCGAUGCCUGGCGGAAAGGAGUGCGUCGACAUGAGGAAGGAAUCCUGCUAUCUCACCUACGAUUCCGGGCAUUGCCUCAACCCCAUGGUGCAACCACAGACGAAGAUGUUGUGCUGCUGUUCCAUGGGUGCUGCGUGGGGCAGCGAUUGCGAGAAAUGCCCGGGCGAACGGACACGUGAACACGAGAUUCUGUGCGGACUGGUGCCGGGUCAGAUCAUGAACCCGAUCACGAAUCACUCCGAAGAGAUCGACGAGUGCGCCCUGAUGCCGACGAUGUGCACCCACGGCCGAUGCAUGAAUACACCCGGUAGUUUCGAAUGCCAGUGCGACCGAGGUUACGUUUACGAUGAGGAUUCGCAUCAGUGUAUCGAUGAAAACGAGUGCCUGCAGAUACCGAAUCCGUGCAGCGGCAACGCACAGUGCCGCAAUCACCAGGGCUACUUCGAGUGCGUGUGUCCUGCCGGCUACAAACUCGGUCUCAGCCAACAUGACUGUGUCGACAUCGACGAAUGUUACGAACGACCGGGCAUCUGCAACAACGGCUUGUGCAACAAUCUGCAAGGUAGCUUCCAGUGCGUCUGCCAUUCCGGUUUCUCGCUGACUCGCGACCGAGACAAUUGCGUCGACAUCGACGAGUGCCAGCGCAAUCCAAAUAUAUGCAACAACGGUACUUGCAUCAACACCUUGGGCUCCUACAAGUGCCAAUGCUACCAAGGAUUCAAGCUGAGCCCUAAUAACGACUGCGCGGACAUCAACGAGUGUCGAAUAAUGCCGUUUUUGUGCCGCAACGGCCGAUGCCGUAACACGAUUGGCGGUUUUGUUUGCGAGUGUGCGGACGGUUACGUGUUGGCGCAGGACGGUCAGCACUGCCGCGAUAUCGACGAAUGUCACGAGGUAAACUGCGAUAAAACACGCAUCUUAAAUUUACACUCAAUUCACACGCUCGUAUAUCAAGCCUGUCUUAAAUCGUGUCUUACUGAUAUUUCAACAAAUCGAAUACGCAAACGCUUUCUAGAAAUCACAAUUUCUGGUUGUUGGAUCGAUUUCUUGCAGAUACCGGGAUUGUGCCCAUCGCCGGGGAAGUGUCAAAAUCUGAUGGGAUCGUAUAUAUGCUCGUGUCCGCCGGGUUACGAGUUGGAUCACACGAGGAAAAAAUGCGUCGAUGUGGACGAAUGCGUGGAGACGAGAGAGAUUUGCGAGAACGGCCGGUGCAUCAACACGGAAGGCGGCGUGAUUUGCGAGUGUCCAGUCGGGUAUCGACUGAGCGACAAACCGAACUCGAUGAGAUGCAUCGACGUGAGAGAGGAGCUGUGCUACGACACUUACAGGCGAGGCCAAUGCACCAGUCCACGGGAAGGCGGUAUGACCAGGAAACACUGUUGCUGCACGAUGGGCAAGGCUUGGGGACGCUACUGCGAAGCGUGUCCACCGGAGAACAGCGAGGAAUUCAAGAAGUUGUGCCCGGAAGGACCGGGCAGGGACGACACCGGGAUUGACUUGAACGAGUGCCUGUUCAUGCCAGACGCCUGUUCCGGAGGCGAGUGCAUCAACACAGACGGCUCAUUCCGCUGCGAGUGUCCGACGGGAUAUAUGUUGGACGAGAGUGGCAGACGAUGCGUGGACAACAAUGAGUGUUUGAGUGUCCAGAACAUCUGCGGUAACGGCACUUGCCGCAACAUCGACGGCGGCUUCGAGUGCUCCUGCAACGACGGAUUCGCGCCGGGAGCUAAUCAAGUCUGCGAGGACGUGAACGAGUGCCUGGAGUUAGGCAAUCAGUGCGCUUUCAGGUGCCACAAUGCGCCAGGCUCCUUCCGCUGCAUCUGUCCGUAUGGAUACACCUUGGCGCCCGACGGCCGUCAUUGCAUAGACGUCGACGAAUGCGUCACGCCGGCGAACGACUGCAGAUUCCAGUGCAAGAAUCUGAUCGGCACUUUCAUGUGCAUCUGUCCCCCUGGAUAUCAAAAAAUAGGAACGGUAGAUGAGUGUAAGGAUAUUAAUGAAUGCGCCAUUAACUCUGGUCUCUGUCAGCAUGGACGUUGCGUUAACUCGGAAGGGAGUUACCAGUGUCUCUGCUACGACGGUUUCGAGCAGAGUCCGGACGGGAAGUCGUGUAUCGAUCGAAGAGUCGGCUAUUGCUUCCUGCAAACGAUCGGCGGCAGAUGCACCGCCCGGACCUCGGAAUUGCGUACGGUCACGAAGGCGGACUGUUGUUGCACCAUGGGGGCGGCAUGGGGACCACAUUGCGAGAUCUGCCCGUCCCGAGACUCCGACAAUUAUAACGAGCUCUGUCUGGACAAAGGAUUCUCCGUGGACGGUCAAGAUAUCGACGAGUGCAAGACCAUACCCGAUCUUUGCAGGAAUGGCCAGUGCAUCAACACCCUCGGUUCCUACAGGUGCAUUUGCAACAAGGGCUACAAGGCCGAUAAGUCCGGUAUUCACUGCAUCGACAUCAACGAGUGCGAAUUGACGCCGAAGCCGUGCAAGUAUAACUGCCAGAAUAUCGAAGGCAGCUUCAUCUGUUCAUGUCCGUCAGGCUUCAUUCUGAACCCGGACGGUAUCAGCUGCAGGGACCUGGACGAAUGCGCGACCGGAAAUCACCUGUGCCAGCAAAAUUGCAUUAACACCCCGGGAAGUUACACUUGCGGCUGCCAAGAGGGUUACAACCAACAAGGGGACGCGUGUCAUGAUAUUAACGAAUGCGACCAGCCGGGAGUUUGCCCGAAACCCGGUAAGUGUAUUAACACUCUAGGCAGCUUCCAAUGCAUCUGUCCGAGAGGUUUCAAGCUGGAUCACACCGGGAGGUUUUGCACGGAUCAUAACGAGUGUGCCGACGAUGCCAAUUGCGAGCAUGGCUGCCAGAACUUCAUGGGUAGCUACCGCUGCGGCUGUCCAGACGGUUUCAUUCAACACCUCUAUUACAAUCAGUGCAUCGAUGAAAAUGAAUGCAACGCGUCACCUUGUGGCGACAGUGCUUGCAUCAACACGAUUGGCAGUUAUAAGUGCGGCUGUCCGGAUGGCUAUCAAUUCGAUAACAAUUUGGCGAUUUGCGUGCAGGUGAGUGCCGGGUGUCUCGGCAGUCCUUGCGCCUUCGGAUGCACUCCUAACGGAGCCAGCGGAUUUAUUUGCGGCUGUCCUACUGGUUAUCAACGGAUAGGACAGGGUCACUGCUUGUCCACCAUCAAUCCAUUAUCUCAAGGACGCUAUGGCGAAGAUAUCGGCAACGUGCCGACUUUCCAGAUCAAUCCUGAUACUUACCACAUACCGCCGGCUGACGAUAAGACGAUUUCCACGGAAGGAUGCUUCUCGUGCAAGGUAAAUGGAAGACACCGAAGAAAUACUAAGAACAGGUCGGCGGACAAAGAGAUCGUAACAAAGAGAAGUGAAAUGAUGAAGAAACACCGAAAUGUUAAAGCAAAGCGACAUCACCACGGGAUGCAGCAUCUUCUCAAAGUCAAUCUGCGUCAGACAAGGCACCGCACGCGGAUUAUUAAGCUGCAAUCCGCUAUCAAAGACGAAGAGAUGGACUACAGCAUCGUACGAGGCAACAACGAGGGGCACUUCGAGAUCGUCAGGGAAAACGGUAUUUCCGCCCUGCACUUUCGCCACCGGCUGAAGAGUCCCGACGAAUUUCGCAUAGUGAUUCACGGUCGUGCCAAGAAGCAGGCGGCGGCGAGCAAAGAAUGGGAGAAACCGCUAACGUUCAGAGUCCACCUGAUAGUCGUGGAGUGAAAAGUCACGGGACAGGAUCGAGGACAACUGGACUCCGUGAGAGAACACUGCCCAACACUGCGUUACGCUUCUUCUUAGUCAAUUUUUUCGCGGAAUUAUUUCGAGCUGUGGCGAAGUAUUAAAUAUACCGGGAAUGCCAACGUAAUGACAGGAGAGUCGCGAGAAACACAAAUGGCCCGUAAGAAUCGGGGGGCCGAUCAUCGAAGCACGAGUCCUCGGUUAAUUGAAAAUCCGUUUUAACAGAACAAUAGAAGACCGCUGUGCGCCUCGACUUCUUGCGCUCACUCGCGCACAAAUCGCCUCAUUUAACUGCCAGAUAAUCAAUAUUCUAUCCACGAACAAUAACAAUUCCUUACGGCUGCGAGCUCACAAUACACCCGCGAGAUCUUCACACUGCCAAUGUGCCUAUCAAGUGCCUUAUCCUUUAUCUUUCUCGACAGUUUACAUUUAGUCGUUUGUACGGACUCGCGCGCGUAUCGGAAUAAUUUUCACGUAGAAGUCUCAUUAGUGCAAUUCACUUUGUCGCGCGUCGUUUAAACUAAUGAAAAAACCAAGUCGGAACGGAAACUACUCUGAGUGUUGUCUGUUAAACGCGAAACAUACAACAGCGUUCUCUUUAUCUACCGCCUGCAAUCGUAACGUAAACGCAACACAAUUAGAUUAGAUGUAACGAAGACUAGAGAUGUACAAACGCUAGAUUAUAUUAUAGCUUUAAGCGAACGAACGCAGAAUGUACACAGAUAUACGCAAGAACGUAGCUUUAUAUAUUUAUAAAUCUUAGCUCGAAACAAAAUACGUGGCACGAGUGUAGUUUUGCGCGCGAUAUGAAUGCAUCUUGCGCUCAAAUCUCCAAGAGAAAUUCGUACGCAUGUCACCGACACACGUCGGUUGCUUGAUGAUACAUUACGACAUUUCGUACCAACAAUAGUAAGGAUAUUAGUUAUGUAUAAAACUGAAGAAUAUGCCAGAACUCGUAUAAUAAAGAUGUGAAAAGAGUUUAUUAAAA